AUGACGAAUUCGGUACCGAAAUUGAAAAACAAGGUAGACCGGCAGGGUUCGCCAAAUGUCGGCAUUGAUCGACAUCAUCACCGUUCGAUAAUUACACUCAAACAGCCGGCGUAUGUCCACAUGAGUGGGAGAUCUCAUGGCAGAAGUUCAACCGGCAGAUUAAGCUGCAGCCCACACGGUUCCUCAAAAGGUUCGAGAAAUUCACCGUUGCGGUAUGAAUAUAGUCCGCGCGGCAGUCCAACAAACAGUUUUUAUGCGGGUGCAAAGUUUUCUGAACCGCCAUCUCCUGCGAGCCUUCCGAAACCACCGAGCCAUUGGACUACGAGACUGAUGAGCAGUUGUCAGCAAUCCGACAGGAUUUGCGAUAUUUCAAAUCAUCUGAAGAUGAUGUUAAACGUCCAAGCCUGA